CGUGCAUGCUGAUGAUUAGCGCGCUAUAGAGACGCGUCGCAGUGCCGAUAAACGGUUCCAUCCAUCGGCGCUGAUAGCGUCGUAGACUGCGCUAUCGAACCAUAGGGACACUGUUGUUCAACCCAACAACUGCAGUCGAAGCCUCCUCCCUCCCUUCGUGGACGGCUACGAAGUAGAGCACAUUGCCGACGCGUCAAGACGCUGUUGCUAUCGCCGCUAUUGUUGUUCGACGCUGUGGACGCUAUGGACGCUGUUACGGCCGUUGUCUGCGUCACGGCAUCGUUAGCGACGGUCUGGUGCGUGUCUGAGGCGUACCUCCGAUACAUCUACUCCAAGCGCGUCGUAGAAGGAACGCUGCCCUCCGACGCUCGUCGAUUGAUGCUGUCCAGGUCGUACGGAACGCUGGUGGACGCUUGCCAAGAGAUGACUCCGUCCUACGGCGGGAACCGGCUCGCAAGCACCGACGAGGGAACGCUGAACGCAGUGCUGAUCGUGGAAGACUCAAAGCCACCGCCGUAUGAUCACUGCCUCUUACAGGAGUCCGAGCCUCCACCCUACGUGGAAUGCUUGCCGGGAGAGUGAACGCCGCGAACGCAGGACGCUUGACCACUCGUAGCCUUAACCAGAAGGCAUCAUCCGAGCAUACCACUACAUGACGCGGACGAACGUCCAUAGUCGAAGCUUGACGUCACGAAGUGACGGAUGUGACGCAACGAUGACGCCACUUCCAGUAUCCUUGCAGAGCGCGCGGAGCUGCGUCACGUGACUUUCAUGUUCCAAACGCCAUACGUCAUCGCGCCAACCCGAGCGUUUACGUUCUUCCCCGGUAGUGUGAAAUGUCACUGCGGCAUUUCAUACGUACAGCUGAUGCAAUAGCUAAGUGUGUGCUAAUUUCCUUCAAAGAAACAUUUUAAGAACACUCGCGUUUUAACUCUUGACACCGAAGCCCCACUGCCAUGACGCCGUGCUGCUCAAUUAAUAAAAGGCACCACCAUUCGAACCACCGGCAAGCUAAAUAAAUUCAACGACCUCGUUGUGCCGUCAAUAAAGUUUUUU